CACGCUUGUCAUGAAUGAUGUAUGACGCUCAAUUCAACUAGCAAUUUAACGCCCCAAAUCGACGCACUCGAACGACUUUUGUUAUCUUAUCAUACCAAAGCUUUUUGUGUCGGGGAGCAUUCACCGCUGUAUGCAUCUAUUAAGAAGCUCACAUUACGCAUCAAAUACACAGAUUGGUCGGUCGGUUUGUUACUAUGGUCCUUAACGAAACACUCAAGGCCAUUCCUCCGCAGGAAUGGCCUUCUCUGCGAGAUGUUUUCAAACGAGAAUGGCCUCGGCAUCAGAUUGCGUACAAUACUGUCCAAAACUACAUCAACUGGACCAAAAUCGAUCCACGAAUCAAACAGCUCCAGGUGUUGGGUUUGAACGACGAUAGCUGGAGGGACAACGGAACCUGCAUCAUACUGGACCGAUACCAGAUGUAUGCAUAUACGGUAGAAGCAUCCAAUGAAUCUUUGAAGCGUGCUCUUCUCCGCAUCGAUUGGGACUAUAGUUAUAAAAUAGCUUGCAUUCCUGGUUCACAACGUUUAGCAUUUGAAGAAACUUUCAAAACUCUAUCAAUCGAAUUGCUGUGGGACCAUCCAUGCGGGGUGUACGAACUACCGAGAGAAGAAUGCCUAAAACUCGAACUCAACAUCCCAGAGGGGCUUCACGUGAAAAAACUAGACAUCAACCACGCAGUCACUGCCAACCGAAUUUGGCCGCACCGGUGCGAGGGAUCGGAAUACUUUCUCAAACGGUUGGCCGCAUGGAAUCCGUCAGUUGGAUUGUUCAGCGAGACCGGUGAACUUAUGGCAUGGUCUUUCUGUUGGCCGACGGGUGCUAUCGGGCCACUGGAGGUUGUGAGCGAUCACUAUCGAAAGGGUUAUGGAAGUAUAGUGACUAAAGUGAUUGCCCAGGAAGUGGCCGAGAUUGGACUGAAUUGCUAUGGAACGGUGGUUACGGGAAAUGUGCAGUCCAAAGGAAUGCUUGAGAAACUUGGAUUUAAGCUGGUGGGAGACUGUUUCUAUGCACGAAAUCGUGCCAGAAAGCUAGUUGAAUAUGGGCAUUGAUUUGAUUGAUGGCGAAUCUGGUUGGAGUUU